GCAACCGACCUUCACACGUGAUCAGCUCGUUCUCACGCGUCACUUCCUGCGCGGCAGAUCCUGAACCAGCUAAAAAAAGAAAGAAAUUAGCAGCCACUGACAAGGGGUUCAGGUUGUUUAUAAAGUGCAAACUCACUAGUCAUGCCGCGCUGUUGACCAGAGAAGCCGGUAAACUGAAAACUGAACAACAUCCGACACGUUUCGCUGUGAAGUUUGACUGCUAAGGAGAGUUUAGCCUCGUUGGGCGACUGUUUGUUUACCAGCCGCCGUCAAGCUACAGGCUUGGCCCGGUGUUUCCUCCAUGGAUCGCCCCAGCUAACUGCGUGUCGAGGUGAGCUCAGACCUGUGUCAGCUAGUGUCGGUGGAAGUCCUUCGCCAUGUCCACCCAGCUGACUGCAGAGCAGCAGCGGAAGAUCGAGGAGAACAGACGGAAGGCGCUGGAGCGAAGAGCCCAAAGACUCGGACAGCAGACUUCGGCCGGCUUAAAUGUUGCCUCUGUCCAGGCGGAUCUGUCCAAACAGGGCGAAACCCACAGAAACCCUUCUUUCUCAGCACCACCCUUCAAAAAAGACACCCAGCUCAGCAGUAACCUGAUCCACCAACCAACCCAUCAAAUCAACCGGAACACUCUGAAUAACUCGCACAGACAGGUCAGCGGUGCUCCUCCUCGGACGAAUCAGCCCUCGAACAGCCUUGGGUCGUCCGGUGGAGGAAGCGUUGGUCUGAAGCCGGUGCAGGGCACAUCUGGCACAUCUGGCAGUGCAGCCGGCUCCUUCUACAAGCCAGCCGCUCAACCCGGACAGGUGUCUGCAGCGCAGCCUCCUUCCAGCUCCACCUCGUCGGCUGCCGUACCUGCGAAAAAGGCUGCCGUCUCUGUGAGAGGGAAAUGUGUGCCUCACGCAGAGGGUCGUUUCAAGGUGGAAGUGGGCUACCACGCAGAGCUUAUUGCUGUUUUUAAGUCCAUCCCUUCAAAGAAUUAUGAUCCUGCCAUAAAAACAUGGAACUUCAGCCUGGAUGACUACACACAGCUGAUGGAGCAGGUAGCUGGCCUUCCCUCUGUGUCUCUGAGACCUCUGGAGGGAACGGGAGCUUUGGACUCUGCGGCAGCGCCGAGCCGCCCCAGUGACGGCGCGUCACUAGCGGCGCUGCUGAAGCUCUGCAACGGCUGGCAGAAACCCGGCGCCACACUGCAAGGGCAGUGCGUCCUGGUGUCUCGGACAAAGUUUGAGGUGGACAUCCUUUACCAUGCUGAUGUCAUCGCAGCGUUUAAGCAGAUGCCAACUAAAUGUUAUGACACGGCCACGCGAAAGUGGAGCUUUUCGCUCGAGGAUUACAAGAGACUGAUGGAUCUGCUCAGUGGGAUAGCGGGAGUGGAGGUGGAGCCUCUUCCCAGGGCAGUAAUCCAGGCGUUCGCUGCCAGGUUUGACGGGAGCGAAGCCAAGUCUUUAGACGUCCCUCCGGCGGACCUCUCGAGCAUCGACCCCACCCUCACCUCCAGCCUCAUGCCCUUCCAGAAGGAGGGGGUCGACUUUGCGGUGUCUAGGCAAGGCCGCCUGCUCCUAGCUGACGACAUGGGUUUGGGAAAGACGGUGCAGGCCAUCUGCAUAGCGGCCUACUACAGGAGCGAGUGGCCUUUGUUAGUGGUGGCACCUUCAUCUGUUCGAUUCACCUGGGCUGAGGCCUUCCGACGCUGGCUCCCCUCCCUGGAUCCCGCCAGCAUCAACGUGGCGGUGAAGGCCAAAGACAACAUCCGGUCGGGUUUGGUCAACAUCGUCAGCUACGACCUGUUGAGCAGAAUGGACAAACAGCACUCAGGAAACCCCUUCCAUGUCCUCAUUAUGGACGAGUCUCACUUUAUGAAGAACAUGAAGACUGCUCGUUGCAAAGCAGCCUUACCUCUGCUGAAGGCAGCGAAGCGGGUGAUUCUUCUCACAGGGACGCCUGCCAUGUCCAGACCCUCCGAGCUCUACACCCAGAUCCUGGCCGUCAGACCUGCACUUUUCCCUCGCUUCCAUGAGUUUGGGCUGCGCUACUGUGACGCCCGAGAGAAAACCUGGGGCUGGGACUACUCGGGCUCCUCUAAACUCGGAGAGCUAAAGCUGCUGUUGGAGGAGUGCCUGAUGCUGCGGCGCCUCAAGUCCGACGUCCUUUCCCAGCUUCCGUCCAAGCAGCGCAAGGUGGUCACAGUGACCAUCGACGGGAUCAGUACGCGCAUGAGAGCUGCUCUCUCAGCAGCAGCCAAGCGACUGUCCAUAGAUCAUCACAGCAAAAGGGAGGAGAAGGAGGCCCUGCUCGUCUUUUACAACCACACAGCCGAAGCCAAGCUGCAGGCCAUUAUGGAAUAUAUAACGGACAUGCUGGAGUGUGGGAGGGAGAAGUUUCUUGUGUUUGCCCAUCAUAAAUUAGUCCUGGACCACAUCACCACCGAGCUGCUUAAAAAGAACGUCAGCAUCAUUCGCAUCGACGGGGGGACGCCGUCUGCCGAGCGCCAGCAGCUGUGUGAAAAGUUUCAGCAUUGCGCCAAGUCCUGUGUGGCUGUGCUGUCCAUCACGGCCGCUAACAUGGGUCUCACCCUGCACGCUGCAGACCUGGUGAUCUUUGCUGAGCUUUUCUGGAACCCAGGGGUUCUCAUUCAGGCAGAGGACCGGGUUCAUCGUAUUGGACAGACUAGCAAUGUCAACAUUCACUACCUGGUUGCCAAAGGAACUGCUGAUGAUCAUCUGUGGCCGAUGAUUCAGGCUAAAAUGAACGUGUUGGAAAAGGUGGGUCUGUGCGAGUCGAACCUUUCAGACAACGCCGUGAAUGCAAGCUUCCACCUAAAGGACCCGAAUCAGCGGAGCAUCAUGGAGAUGUUCCAGAGGUCUUUCUCUGCAGAAGACGACAUUGACGAGGCCGUCCUAAUGGAGGCUGCCAACGACUGGGAGGACACUCCGCCAGAAACGGCGCCCGCUCGAUACCCCGCUGUCGCCACUCAUGGCCAAGACCCCAACAAAAAGACGAUCAAAGACUUUUUUACCAGAUGACUACAAAGACGGUCACCUAAAGACUAGAAACUAAUUUCCUUUUUCUGGUCACAUUAUCAGAAAACCUGUAAAUUAGGAAACACACCUUUUUGUUUUGUUCACUGUAAGCCACGCCUUUGUUUAUCAUGAGUUACGUUUAUUAUUUGUUAUUUUGCAAAUGUAAAAUAUGCUAAAGUUGUUUUAAAUGUAUGGCUUUUUUUAUGUUCUAAUAAAGGAAUAGCUAAAUAAAAGCUGUGUGUAACAGACA